AUGCGGCGGGGCCGCGCCGCGCUCUGCCUCCUCGUCGUGCUGCAGCUCUGCCCCGCGCAGGUGCCGGCGCGGAGCCCCGCGUGCCCCAGCGGCACCUACACGGCGGCCGGCGACUGCUGCGCGCCCUGUCCGCCCGGCUUCGGCGUCGCCGUGCCCUGCGGCCCCGGGGACACCCAGUGCGAGCCCUGCCGCGACAACGAGACCUUCUCGGCGGUGAGCAGCGCGGCGGAGCGCUGCCGGCCCUGCACGGCGUGCGCGGCGGUGGCCCGGGCCUGCACGGCCCGCGGGGACGCGGUGUGCGCCGGGCGCUGCGCCCCGGGCCACUACGCGCUGCCGGGAGCCCCCUGCGCCCCGUGCAGCCCCUGCGGCCCCGGGCAGGGAGCGGCGCGGCCCUGCGGCCCGGCGGGCGACGCCGAGUGCCGGCCGUGCCCGGCGGGUUUCUUCUCGGAGGAGCGGAGCGCCGAGGCGCCGUGCCGGCCCUGCCGGCCGGGCUGCGGCCCCGGCGAGGUGACGCUGCGGCCCUGCGGCCCCCGCUCCGACACCCUCUGCAUGGAUAAGGAGCUGCAGAUCCUCAAGCGCGCCCAGGGCCACCCGCGCAAGGAGGCGGCGGCGGCGCCCGACGCGGCGCCCAACGCCUCCGCCGCCGCCUCCGAGUUCGCGCCGCCGGCGCCCGAGGACGCCGGCAACAACAUCAUCCCCGUCUACUGCUCCAUCCUGGCCGCCGUGGUGGUGGGGCUCCUGGCCUACGUGGCCUUCAAGUGCUGGCACACCUGCAAGCAGAAGCAGCAGCUGGCCAAAGCGCGGGCCGGGGAGCUGGGGACGGCGCCCGAGGGCGAGAAGCUGCACAGCGACAGCGGCGUCUUCCUCGACACCCACAGCCUGCAGGAGCCCCACCAGCUCAGCAAGGCGCCCCGGCCCGAGGGGCAGCCCUACAGCGCGCUGGCGCCGGCGCGGCGCGAGGAGCUCGAGCGGCUGCUGGAGAGCGGCGGCCCCGGCGGCGACUGGCGCGCGCUGGCCGCCCGCCUGGGCUACGAGGCCGAGGCCGUGGGCACCUUCGCCCGGGGCCGGGCGCCCGCCCGCACCCUCCUCGCCGCCUGGGCGGCCGCCGACGGUGCCACCGUGGAGGCGCUGGGCCAGGCCCUGGCCGCCAUCGGCCGCCGCGACGCCGCCGAGCGCCUGGCCGCCCCCGCCGAUGCCAGCUCCCUCGUCUGAGCCCGCCGCGCCGCCCUCGCUUGUUUUUUUACGCCAAUUUUGUACUUUUUUAGGGGUUUGGGGGGGGCAUUAAACAGCCAGAUGUGCCA